CAGCGUUGUGUCCACAGAGUGCGUCCAUCAUCACAUGGGGAUGGUGGGAGUCAUGUGCAGGGGACGACUUCAAUCAUACAAUACAUAUUUACACUUCUGCUUGCUUGGUUGAUGUGGGUAAUGCAGCAGGUUCCAGCCAAACGAUCACUAUCAGAACCAGAAGGGCGAAUGCAUCCUUUCGUCGUGUGUUGAUUAACCUUCCCUUGACUUCGUGCAUCGACUAGUCAGGUCUGGUAUACAACCGUGGUGGGUCGGUGUGCCGUGCGCCAAGCAGUCGCCGCUGGCUCGUUUUUUUUUUAGUGGCGUGCUCUUUGUCGCUAUAUUUUCUUUUCAUCUGGUACUAAUUUGAAGUUUUCCCGAACGAUUCCGCCAUGGGGAAAAAAGAAGAGGAGGAAAUUAUCCGGAUUGCGAAGAAAAUGGAUAAAAUGGCGCAGAAGAAGAGCGGGUCUGGAGCACUGGACCUGCUCAAAGAGCUCCGCAGUGUCCCCAUGACUCUGGAACUACUUCAGUCGACGAGAAUCGGAAUGUCUGUCAACGCCAUCCGCAAGCAAAGCACAGACGACGAGGUGACCUCCCUCGCCAAGUCUCUAAUCAAGUCCUGGAAGAAGCUCUUGGACGAACCUGGAGGUGGAGACAAAUCCUCCGAGGACAAACGGAAAGAACAAAACUCACCUGUUAUGUCUCCAUCACAGGGCAGCCCAGAGGCAAAAGAAGAAAGCUCCAGCAGUAACUCCAGCAGCAAGUGCGAUCCGGUCGACAUGGCGUCCAACUCACUCAUCAACACCUUCCCUCGGGCCCCCGGUACCUCUGACUCAGUCAGGAUCAAGUGCAGGAACUUGCUGACCGCUGCACUGCAGACGGGGGAGGACCAUAUUGCCAUUGGCUCUGAUUGUGAUGAGCUUGGAGCACAGAUUGAGGAAUGCAUCUUCCAAGAGUUCAAGAACACGGACAUGAAAUACAAGAACCGCGUGCGGAGCCGGAUCUCCAACCUGAAAGACGUGAAGAACCCCAACCUGAGGAGAACGGUGCUGUGUGGCAAUGUGUCGCCCGAGCGCAUGGCCGGCAUGAGUGCAGAGGAAAUGGCCAGCGACGAGCUACGAGAGAUGAGGAAGAACUUGACCAAAGAGGCGGUGCGGGACCACCAGAUGUCCACCACUGGAGGCACUCAGACCGACCUGUUCACCUGUGGCAAGUGCAAGGGGAAGAGAUGCACCUACACGCAGGUCCAGACCCGCAGCGCUGAUGAGCCGAUGACCACCUUCGUCUUUUGCAACGAUUGCGGAAGCAGAUGGAAGUUCUGCUGAAUAUGCAAGCAAGCUCCUUGGCGUUUGGAAGUAGCAAAGAACCUUGACAAGGAUUGUGGCUUUCUGCAACAGAUCUGAACUUUGUGGUACUUGGUGCAUAAGUCACCAUAUACACCACUAUUUUUAUUUGAAUAUAUUGUUUAUACGUGCAUUUUAUUGUCUAGCGCCCCCAAAACACUCAAACUCUUCUACUUGUUUUUAGCUAUUUUUCACUGUUAAACUGUACACAGUCGAUUUUAGCAGCAGUAUCUUUUUUAUGUAGUUUCAACUUUUUUUUAUUGACAUAUAAAUUACAUUUACUACUGUUUCGCUCUCCCCUCACAAGGAUGUUUUAUUUAAUGCCAAUAACAACUUUAAUCCAUUUGAUUAAAAAAAAACAUUUCCUAACUCCUCUAUUA